GACGCUGGAAGGAGUUCCCAUGACUACCACUCCAACCAAGGCCAUCAGCACUCUGAAGGGCCAAUAAACCCAACUUGGAAGCCAUAGAAUGAGCUUAUUGUUUGACUCUAAAUGAAACUGCAAAAAGGACUUUGGAGCUUCAAAGAGAAACCAAUUGUUUUUCCUUCAUCAGGAAUUCCUGGACCAGGUUUCAGAGGCCCACGGGACGUGAAGAAGUAACAUUCAUUCGCAAGGCUCACUAGGACCACAAGCAAUUGUACACAUACCCAAGCCAGAGAUCAGAGCCAACAGCAUGCCCGGUGUUAUUGCCCCAGGUAACGUCCAUGUCGCUCAGCCCUGGAACACUGCGGCUCCUGGAAGCCGUGGGCAGCCUUUGGGUGUGACCACUUACUCAACCUCAGGAGUGACCAUAUGUGAUACAGGAAGAGGGAACUUACAGACCUCACUCAUGAUGAUCCAGAAUCCAGGGGAACUGAGAGAUGUACAGAGUCAGCCCGUUGUGCUCCAGAAUCCGGCGGGAGUGGCCCAUUGGCAGCCCCCACACGGCGUGAUCCAGUACUCCCUUGGAACUGCAGAUCUCCAGACCUUGCCUGGGGACCCUCAGAAUCCCCAACAAUUCAUCCCUGUGCAGAUGCAAACCUCAAACCAGUCUCAAUGGAACAUGUCGUUUGGAUCCUUUUCUACAUUUGAUCCCAAGAAAUUCAUAAAUGAGGAAGUCAGAACAUUAGGGGCCAUCCAGAUCCUCAUCGGCCUGACACAUAUCUUCUCUGCAAUCAAUCCUUUGCUGUAUCACAGCUUGUCCGCCACCGGGAUAUCAGGGUACCCGCUCUGGGGAGGAGUAUCCUUUAUUGCAUCUGGAGCCCUCUUGGUGUGUGCUGAAAAGAACCCCAGCCCUUGUAUGGUGAAUAGCAGCAUCGGCAUGAACAUCGUCAGCUCCAUCCUCGCCCUGAUCGGAGUCUUCAUUCUCAUCGCAGAUCUGAUCUUGCCCCUGAUGAUUUAUGUGAAGGCAAUUUCUGGUGGUCUCCUCCCCUUUGCCCUCCUGGAGUUCUGCCUCACGUGCAUGGCCUCACAUUUUGGAUGCCAGGCUGCCUGCUGGAACCAGUCUGAGAACAUGCUGGCAUUUCCAACCAUAUUCAAUGCCUACCCAGCCAAUGCUACCAUCGGCCCUGGCAACACCACCACCACCGGCCCAGCCAGUACUACCACUGGCCCCGUCAACGCUACCACCAAACUGGCCAACGGUCCCGCAAGCUCCGCCAUCCCUACCCACCCCACCAACACUCCGAUGGUAACGCCCCAGCCACAUUCCUGUGAGGGUGUAGGUGGUAUUGCCCAGAAAUAGAUGACAUGGAAUGACUGUUUCAGUGGCACAGAAGAUUACAGCAGAAUCUUUCCUUUCCCCUCAAAUAUCCCUGAAACUCCAGCACUGUCCCUGAGCCACAGCGCACAACCAUUUUCUCCCUUCUUUAUGCCUAAGCUUCAUCUCUGUUUGUUAAUAAUGUCUUUCUUUUUUUCUUAAUUCAUAAAUAAUUCCCCUUGGGCUCU